AUGUCUACUCCUACACCUACAAAGUUGCGGUCACUCUAUCGAUCGUUCCUCCGCGAACUUCCAUCUCGCCCCUUCACGCAAAACUCCCGCUCACCACUACAAUCCCGCAUUCGCAAAACCAUAGCCUCGGAAACAAACACACCAAUCGAGCAAGCCGAGCAAUUCCUUCAAUAUGUCAAGGCACAAAGGGUGUAUGCUACAUUACUUGAGAGAUACAACCCAGGGAUGAAUAUGGAUGAAGAAGAAAGAGUCCGUUUGACUGCCAGGAGGGUAGGAAUGGAUUUGCCGGAAGAAUUUUCGUAUGGGGAGAAGGGCACUGGAGGCAAAGUGCAAUGAGAUUUUUAGCGAUUAUAACGGCAGCAUUGCAUAUACAACUUGCUCGGAGGUCAUACGAAUUUUAUCUACGACUAUUGGUAGUAGGCUAUCAUUGGACUCCUCUAUCGGGAGGUCUGGGAUCUGGCACCUUUUUGAGGAUAUCUUUGUUUUGCUUCGACGCAUAUACAUGGACGAGGGGUCACCAGUUUCGAUAAUGCUGGAAUUCAUUCACGCAAUAUUACGAGGCUGUUCUGUGCCGAAAAAUGAGGUUCACCACACGACUUGAAUCAGUGAUGGAAGUAAAGAAAAUUCAGGCUCCAUUCAGUAGUCUAGCUUACAGAUAUGAAUGACAUUUACAACAUUAACUUACGCCAAGAAGCAGACCCAAGAGGUGACGAGUUGUCGGUA